AUGGUCAACUCCAGCACCAACUCCUCAGGAAACAACUGCAGCCACAGCACGGUGAUCACCACAACAGUCAUCCCGCUGCUCUACUGCUUCAUCUUCCUCGCAGGGCUCUCGCUCAACGCCCUGGCAGCCUGGGUCUUCCUCUACGUUUCCAGCACAAAGAGUUUUAUUGUCUAUCUCAAGAACAUCGCUGUGGCCGACCUCCUCAUGAGCCUGACGUUUCCUUUCAAAAUCCUGGCAGACUCGGGAAUUGCGCCUGCAGAGCUCAGCCUGUUCGUGUGCCGGUACUCGGCGGUUGUGUUCUACAUGAACAUGUACAUCGGCAUCGCCUUCUUCGGCCUCAUAGGCUUCGACAGGUACUACAAAAUCGUGAAGCCUUUGUUCACCUCCUUUGUUCACACAGUUAACUACAGCAAGGCGGUCUCUGUAGUCAUAUGGAUGCUAUUAAUGAUUAUGUCGUUUCCAAAUAUGAUUUUAACUAAUGAAAUCACUAAAGACAAUUACUCCAGAAAAUGUAUAGGUCUUAAAAGCGAGCUUGGCAGACAGUGGCACAAAGCAACAACUUAUAUUUGCACAGGGAUUUUCUGGAUUGUUUUUUUUCUGCUAAUCGUAUUUUACACUUCUAUUUCCAAAAAAAUAUACAGCUCUUACAAAAAAUUCCGGAGGAGCUCAGACAUGGCCAAGAGAAAAACCAGCCGGAACAUAUUCACCAUCAUGUUUGUGUUUGUCAUUUGCUUUGUGCCCUACCACCUCUGCAGGACCCCUUACACCUUGAGCCAGACCAGCUCCCACUUCACCUGCCAGUCCCAAAAAUCGCUGUACUACGCCAAGGAGUUCACUCUGGUGCUGUCUGCAGCAAAUGUCUGCCUUGACCCCAUUAUUUAUUUUUUCCUCUGCCUCCCCUUUAGAGAAAAGCUGUAUCAAAAACUGCACCUCAAGCUGAAAACUUCCAGUGAGGUGGAAAUUUCUAAAUCCAGAAGAUCAAAUACGCUUCGGGAAAGUAUAAACAUAGUGUAGGUUUGUGUCUCUACAAUAAUGCACAUUUCAGGAAGUUAUCCAUGAACACAAAUGUCCCGAAGACACAGAGCACGUGACAAGCAGCAAAAAGCAGGAGAGGGGUUCAGCAUAACAUCAGGUGCUCCUUCUCUGCCUAAGCCCACUAUUGCAUGUGCCAAUAUAUUCAACAUAUUCACUGUUCCAGCUAAUGCCCCGAUUGCAUUAGGGUGUGACACGACCCAUCUGGAUCUCAGAAACAGAGAGGAUACCUGGAACAGCACAUUCUGGAGCUCCAGGCCGUGGGUCUCUGAAAGGACCAUCCAGCAGACCCAAAACCACACCAGUCUGCUUCUCUGGGCUCCCAUGGACACAAACAUGUCCACACCAAACUGUAGCAACUCCCUCGCUGCUGGUGCAGAAAGAGGCAAGAACAUCACGGGGCUGUCUGGGAACACACAAGUACAGCUGUGUAAAAACUCUGGUACAUUUAAAUCCAGAAAGAAUGGUUUGCUGGUUUUCCCGUGAUUUUUACACAACAGUAAAGCAUUUCUGUCUGUACCAAGAAAACAACUGAAAGCCACCGACCUGCUCUAUACAAAUAUAAUCUCUUUUAUAACUUUAUUUUUCAGAGCAGCUUUUUUUUAAAUUGAUUUUAUUAUUGUACAGGAAAAAUAUACCAGGGCCUAAAGUAUCUGCUAAAGCAUUCAGAGAGCGGCUCUGGAGCUGAAUGUCUUCAUUUUACUUAAGAAGCUAUAGGAACAGAAAUAACAAGUCCUUCACCUUUCUGCCACUGCAUUUUGUUUUAGUCCAAACAGAUCUAAGGGUGAAAAUUUUUUAAACAUUUGGUCCUUGCACCUUCUCUGAGGCUGUGGGUAACGUCUCUUGAUCCAAGACCACUGGUCAGCAGCAGCAGGAUUCUACCACACCACAGGACUGUACUCCAGCUAAAGGUCUGGACACCUCCACUGGGUUCAACACAGCCUUUGGAGCAAAUCCUGCUCCAUUUCCCACCAGGUGCAGAGUAGUUCCAGCCCAGUCCCAGUGGGCAGCAGUACCCCACGCCUGGAGCAGCCUGGGGGUCCCUCAGACUGUGGGAGCUGGGGGUCGCAGCCUGAACCUGCCCACGGGGACUAUAGCUGUGUGCUGGUUGUGUUUGUUAAAGAAAUUGCAUAAAAGAUAUUUAUACGGUUCUUUCAGAGCUCCCUGACUCUGUCAAACUGAGGCUCUGCAGGCUCUGCCCUCCAAGCAAGGGAACCAGCCUGCUGGGGAAGGGAAUCCUGUGCUUUGUGGGAGAUCUUUUGUCAUUUAUGGCAAAAGCAUUCAGUUCCCUACAUGGCAGGGCUUGGUACUUGCCUACAUAAAUUUACAUAAUUGCAGCUGUGAAGGAUCACUGGCAUAGAUAGAUGGAAGUACUUCCACAAUAUAAAUUUGAAUAACUUUUUAAUUGUUUUGCAAGCUUUGAAAAAAUUAUUUAUAUUGUGGAAUUUGUUUCACACCUCACCAGAUUACUGAUAUUAGAAUGACAAGAAUCUAAUGCAGGCACCAGGGAAAUAGAUGCUGAUCAAAACCUGUGUUCAAAAGGGAUGCAACAUUUCCAGCUUUUCAUUCAUGCUGAAAAAAUCCUCCUCCAAGAGCUUCCCUAGUCAGGAAACCGUUCCACACCCCUGAUCCUCCUGCAGUCCCACCCUGUGAGUGACAAGUGCCAAGGAGCACCAGGGUCAAACCAAGCCUCUGAUCCAUCUCCUCUCCUUCCUCCUUACUUUGCUGGAUGAACUGAGGCCAAUUUUUUUUCAGCCCUGGGUAAAUUAAUCCUUUCACAUCUUUCCCAGCACAUCAGGCCUCAGAUAGCCCAGCCAGCUCCUCACACACUCAGGGAACUACUCACAUUCCAAGAUCUGCUCUCUUCCCAAAACGCUUCUGCAGGAAGGGCAGACCAUUACGCAGUAAAGGUUUACCUAACCAUCACUUUGUCUUUUUAGACCUGGAAAAGUUCCCUGAUCUGUAAACUGACUCUGCAGAAAAGGGGAGACUGGCUGACAGAGACACACAGACAGAAACAACUGCCAGUGCUGCAGUUUGGGCUUAAAAAAGCCCUACAAGUAUAGGGAGAUCAGCUUUGCAUGAGCAGAACACCACAAAAUGAGUUGAUGUUUGCUCACAGCUGGACACAGGAUCAUUCCUGAUUAUUAAGCUUUGCAAACAUUUUGACAAAUACGGUCUGAACUUUCAGUUUAUAACUAAACCUAGAACCAGACAUUCUUCAUCUGCUCCUCCACAAAGCUCUGGUGCAGGGUUUGUAAAUUCCUGUGAAUUCUCAAUUACAACCAAGGGCCACCAGUUGGAGUUUCAGUAUUGCUGUCACUACUUCACCCCCAGCAUGGUGUCAGACCUUUUCUCAUGGUUUCCCAAACCAAACAGACAAAAAAUAAAGA